AUGGAGGAUGAACGAUUCCAUGCCAGACCAUUCUUGGCUCCUUCAGUCUCUCAAGACUACGUUUUGCAGAUGGAACCAGUUGAUUCAACAGCAUCCACGCCUCCACCUGUGCCAACGACUUCUACUGAUACGACAAAAGGUCGAAAGAACUCUGCUGAUGUCGAAGUAUGUUAUCCGUACCCUACACAACGACCAGAUCAACACUCGACUUUGGAGACAGAGGUGUUGAAAUCCUAUAUUCAAAACACCAAGGAUGACGAGACCAGCGAUCCUGACUACAAGUUGGAGCGUCAACUUACCGCUAAAUUGGAUGAUUUGCUGGACAGUGGCCAAAAGGCCCCAAGCUCUGCUUCAAGGCGGUACAGCUUCUAUGGCGAUCAUGUUCGGGAUCCAUCUGAAGUGAACAAAAACAUUGACAGAUACACCUUUUACUCUGCUGAACUUGGAUCAUUAAAGCAUCGAUCGUUCCGUCAGCUACUGAUGAUGAAGGCGCCUACCGACGACCAGGAAACAGUGGCUGAUUUGCUGAUGGAAACAACGAGUUGGUGGAUUGAUAUCUUUGCGCCCUCAAACGAAGAGAUGCGAAUUAUUAGCAAAAUUUUUCGAAUUCAUCCACUUACCACAGAGGAUAUCCAAGCUCAAGAAUCCAGAGAGAAAUGCGAGAUAUUUCAAAACUACAUGUUUAUCAGCUUCAGAAGUUUCAAUCAUGACUUUAAUAGCCCUGAAUACCUGGAGGCAGUUAAUUUCUAUAUUGUCAUUUUCAAAGAUGGUGUCUUGACGUUCCGAUUUCAGGAUUUACCUCAUCCACACAAUGUGCGUCGACGCAUCCAUCAACUCAAGGACUUUAUUCAUGUUACACCCGAGUGGAUCAAUUAUGCUCUCAUUGACAAUGUUACAGAUAGCUUUGCUCCGUUGAUCCAGCACACGGAACUCGAAGUAGACUCAAUCGACGAUCUUGUGCUUGUGCUGAACGGGUCAGAACAAAACGACAUGCUGAGACGUAUUGGCAGUUGCAGAAAGACGGUAAUGCAGUUAUUGCGUCUACUAGGACCCAAAGCAGAUGUCGUUCGUAGUUUGAUCAAACGAUACGAGGAUAAGGCAAAGGAAAUUAACUAUAACAAUAUACGCCUGAGAGAAUCAGCAGCCACUAAUGGCAACACCGCCGCACUUGGCACCACAACAAACAACACAACCGCCACCGCAGCAACAGCAGGCGAUACUACUAUACCAGAGCAAGACGAAGUCAAGGUGCAUCAUGAAGUGACACUCUAUCUAGGAGAUAUCCAAGAUCACAUCCUUACCAUGUUGCAAAAUGUAAACCACUAUGAUCUUAUCCUGGGCAGGGCACAUAGAAACUACUUGGGCCAAAUCUCUAUUGAGCUAUCUCAAGCAGGCAAUACCACCAACGAAGUGAUCAAUCGACUCACCUUCUUUGCCACCGUCAUUGUACCACUGAAUCUGGUGGGUGGUUUAUUUGGUAUGAACGUUCAUGUGCCAGGUCAAAACAAUGACGAUUUGGUAUGGUUCUUUUGGAUUGUAUUGGGCAUGCUGUUGUAUGUUGUAGCCAUGGUGGCUGUUGGCAAGAGAACAGGGUUCCUCUAG